CAUGUUUCUUUUGGAUCCUGAUUUCGUGGUCCCUUCCCAGCUUCUGGCCGCUCACAGGACUGUCAGACAAGGCUGGUGUGUUUGAGCACCUGAAUGGUAGUACUUCUGGCUGCAGGCCCCACGCAGGCCACUACUGACCCUCUGUCCUGAAUCCCUCGUGACAAUGCAAGGGAAAGGUGGGAAGGUCGAUCAGGCGAGGUGUGGCCAUGGGCAACUGCUGCUGCCUCCCCGCCCUCAAAACCUCCUUUUGGCCAUCCCAGGCCCACUCUGCUACAGCCUGUCUGCGCUGCCAGCGUCAUGGGGGAGCGCUGGUGUCCUGGGCCCAGAGACAGCAUUUGCUCAGUUUGAGCACUGGGAAUCCUCCGCCUCCUGCAGGCCAGUUCUCUGCAAGCCGCACAGUACGGCCCCCCUUCCCCUGGGCUGUUGCUCCUCUGGCCUUCAGGCCCCUCCUGCUAGGCUGAGUCUGCCUUCUGAACUUGGCCUUCAGACUCCUCAAUCCAGGAGGUAGCCCCAGCCUUGGGAGGCCACAUUCCUUCCUCUUGGAGGUGUGGUUCUGUGAGUACGAUAGCCUGGUGUGGCCAUGUGCCCCGUGCACUCUGCAGCCACCCCUCCAGUGUUGCUUGGCUUCCUCAGAGUGUCAUGCCUGGCUGUCCUGCCUGUCCUGCUGGGCCUACCCCCGGGAUCCCUGAGUGAAUUUACUCAUUCAUUUGUUAGGUAUAUAUUGAACACCCACUAUAUGCCAAGCACUGGAAGUACGGUGGUGGCCCAAAGCAGUUACAGGUGCAGUUAACCAAAUGCUCAUACAGUGGAGUGUAUUUGCAAACUGAGUUUAGAAAGGAAUUUAAUCCUGUAAUAGCAUUUGCUGAGGAGUCUGACCUCAUCUGCGUAGCAAGGGAGGGUGUCCCUGAGGAAAUGAUGAGGUCUGAAGGGUGAGCAGGAAUUAAUUAGGUGGGGGUGGGGCGGGAGGAAGGAAAGGGCUGACCAGGCAGGAAGCAUGUGCAAAGGCCCUGAGGCAGGACAUGGCUUCGAACUUUCAAGAGCUGAAAGCAGGGUGAUGUGGCUGGAGCCCAGAGAAUGAGGGAGGGUCGGAGUCCCAGACCACAUAAGGCUUUGUGGGUCUAGUGAGGUGUUUGUUUUAUUUAAAUUUUAAAUUAAAGAUUAAAUUUCGCUUUAUUGUAAGUUUCACUAUCUGAUGAGACAAAUUCCAGAUUUUUCUUUUCUUCUUUAUUGUCUGCUACAAUAUGUAUAUACAGGAAAAUAGAGACACACACACACACAGUUCAGCAAGUAGCUGUAAAGCACAUUCCUUUGUGAUCCCAGGAGCUGCAGGAGCCAUAGCAGGCAUAUGAGCAGUAGUGACAUGAGGGGCCUGGCAGGGUGGCCGGGGACACUUGGGGAGGCAGAUUAGUGGCUUGGGGAGUGAGUGCACUGGUGGGAGAGGAGGAGCAGAGGGUUCAGGCUGGACCUUGCUCAUUGCUAGCGUGUCAGCCAGGGCCCCAGCGUUGCGCUCUGGCCCCAGGUGGCUGAAGGUGUCCAUCCGGGAGGAUGGCUGGCACAGGGCUGGUGGGGAUGGGGUGGUUGGGGCACGCGCAGAGGCUGGGGCAUGUCUCAGACCCCCCAGUGGAGCUGUCGUGGGCAGCGGGCAGGCACGGCUCUGGGGAGGCAGCGAGUGCCUGGCUCCCCUCCUCCCCUCCUGGCUCUGGGCUGCUGGUGCAGCUGUGGGGCCUGGGCCAUGCUGUGUCUUUAAGAGGGUGGCUACAGGCCUGUGUCUGUCCUUAAUGCUGCUGACGUCAUCUGGAGGAGAUUCGCUUUCCUUUUCCCCUCUGAAAGGGGAGGAGUUUGAAACUGAGUGGCCCGUGAUGGAGACAGGGCAAGUGCAGGAGGCCCCUGGGUGAGGCGGAGGCUAACAUGGGGUUCGGAGCUACCGUAGCCAUCGGCCUGACCAUCUUUGUGCUCUCUGUUGUCACCAUUAUCAUCUGCUUCACCUGCUCCUGCUGCUGUUUAUACAAGAUGUGUCGCCGGCCACGUCCGGUUGUGACCACCACCACAGCCACCACGGUGGUGCACGCCCCUUACCCUCAGCCUCCAAGUGUGCCACCCAGCUACCCUGGACCGACGUACCAGGGCUACCACCCCAUGCCCCCACAGCCAGGGAUGCCAGCAGCACCCUACCCGACGCAGUACCCGCCACCCUACCCGGCCCAGCCCAUGGGCCCACCGGCUUACCAUGAGACCUUGGCUGGAGGUGCAGCUGCGCCCUACCCCGCCAGCCAGCCUCCCUACAACCCGGCCUACAUGGAGCCCCCGAAGGCGGCCCCCUGAGCGUCUCUGGCUGCCACUUGAUUAUGUCGCGUGUGUGUGUGAGUGGUCGGCAGGCACAGUUCCUGACUGCCCCAUGCGUGGUGUGUGUGCUGUCUAUACACGUGGCUCCUGAUGCCGACAAAAUGGGGAACAAUCCUUGCCAGAGUGGGCUCGGGCCAACCUGUAUUCUCUUCCUCUCUUGAAGUUAUGCUUCCUAAAAUCUCAAGCAAAAUUCAAAGAAUGGGGUGGGAGGUCUUUUCUAGCUCACCCUAGGGCGACCAGGUGUGGCCUGUCACGCUAGGAUAGUGCAGCCUUUUGUGGGCACCAUGCAGAUGUGUGCUGGUGCUGUCAGAGUGGCCAGCCACUGUUUGGCUUGCUGUGGCUUGUCCCCAGGGUUUGAGGUGCCCUUUGCAGGGCUGGGGCCAUGAGGUGGGCAAGUGGGCAAGCCUGGGAUCUGGCCAAGCGGGGUUUCAGUCCUUUGGGCAGAUGUCCCACUGCUCCCCGGAGCCUGUGCCAUACCCGGCAGGAGUCGGGCAGCCUCCUGAUGCCAAAACACCUCGGGCAGAGCCCACCCACCCUGACGGCUGCCUGCCUCAACUGCCCCUGCACCCUACCUGGGACCACCCGGAGGGCCACAUCCACUCACAGCCUGGCUGCCCACAGGGAAGCUUUCCUGCCCUUGCUGGCUUUGGCCCCUGCCACAAGUGGGCAGGGUGGCCUCUGUCCACCAACACACUCAGGUCUCUUCCCUGCAGUGUUUUUGUUUUACUUUUAGCCAAACAUUUUGCCUGUUUUCUGUUUUAAAAUGUGCGUCAUAGUUAUGUGAAACAAACCCCUGGGUCCUAGAGGGAAAUGGGCCCAGAGAGGGACAACUUGACAACUCUGGUAGUCCUUGCUUCCCCAAUACCAGCCUCACAGAAUAUCCAAUUCCUCUACCCCAGUCCACAGUCUUCCUGACAGCAGGGACACCUGGGCCAAGGGGCCAUCUGGAUCAAAGGAGGGGGUGCUGGGUGGCAGCUCUGGCCCAGACAUGAAUACCUCGGUGUUCUCUGUCCCUCUGUUGAUGUCUUACCAGGUCUGUCUUAGCUGUGUAUCUGUUGAUGUUUCUCAGUCUAGGGUCUGCACCCUUGUUUAUAAUAAAUGCUGACAUUUAGA